GUUAAGCUCUACUUCUUUGUGUGCUUCAUACCCUUUGUGUAAACACCGAUUGAUAAAAUCAAUUGGAACUCCCGAAGGGUCGCCAUCUGCAUAUCGCGUUGUAGAUCGUUUCAAAACAGUAUCUAUCCAGCAUCCUUAGUUUCCGCCAUCAUCAACUAGCAAGUGUCUGCACCUGCCACAGACUCAUCAGGGGUUUUUGCGAGCCCAGGCAAUUAUCGACCCAGCGAUGGCUCAGACGCGCUGUAGGUUCUUCGAUGAAAACGGCAAUCCUCUCGAUGGAGGUUGCUACCGAGGAGGUCAAUGCAAUUUCGUUCAUCCAGACAGCCCCGCUUGGGAAACAGCACAAGUUCGCAGUUUUACAAGAGGUCGCGGAAUGGGCAGAGGUGGAAGUUUUGGUGAAUCGAGAGGAUCAUUUGCUCGUGGAAGAGGGCGCGGAUCUGCACCCGUCAAUACAUAUAACUCAUCUUCGGCGUUGGGAUGGGAUACUGGAGGAGGAUCUGAUUCCAAUGCACAGAGCUCGGGCUGGGUGAUGACAAGUUCAAAAGAUCCCGUUAAACCAGCCAGCGGUGACAUGAGUUCCCUAUGGGGCACUGACGACGCAUGGGGCUUGGAUUCAGGAGCAAAAGGAUCUGCUUCUACAGGCGGUUGGGGCGACACGGACUCAUGGGGCGGUAACUCAGGAACAAAAGAUUCCUCUGCAGGUGGGGGUGACGGGUGGGGCAAUCCUUCCAAUAGCGACAAAGGGACAACGGACAUGACGUCGCACGUACAGGCGAAACGUAGCGUCCAAGAAACAAAGGAAUCUUCUGCAGUCGGAUGGGAUCGUGACUCGUUCGAGUGGGGUAAGCCUUCUGGUAGCGACCGCGCGCAGGAGAAACCUAGCAGCCCAGGAGCAAAGGAAUCUUCUGCAGGUGGAUGGGGCUCAAGCAAUACUUGGGACACCGACGUCGGAACAAAGGGCACCUCCGGUGGCGGGUGGGGGAAUCCUCCCGGUGGUGACAAAUCUCCUGAUGGAUAUGGCGCGUCGGUGACGAUGGAAAUGACGUCCAUUGCACAGCCGAAACGCAACGACGCCGACCAAGAGAAUUACAGGUCCAAACCACCAACAGUCCCUCCGCCGCCACGCCCCUUGCGCCGUGGCUCACGAGCACAAUACGACGAGGAAGACACUCGUCCCCUCAAGAUGACCGGGACGAAUGACGUCCCGAUGACAAAUACUAGAUGGGGCAAGAAAUUGGAUAUGACAGCGCCCUCGCCUGCGGAGUCCUCUGAGAGACCUCGUGUUCCGCCUCUCCAGUCGAGCGCAUUAAACAACUCGAUGGCCAUAGAACAACCAGCGCCACUGUCUGCCAGCCGCUCUGAGGACGGCCGUAUAGAUGUGGAGACUUGGCAGCGGAAUACCGUGACAUUACCAGAGAAUACUCGUGGCGGGUCGCCUUCUCUAUCGACAGUGACAGGGUCAACUGUCAAUCGUAAGAGGAAACACGGAGGCUCAGACCUCGAGAAGCAGCAGGAGACCUGGAGGGAUUUUAUCAGAUUAUGCGAUCGCGCCGUUCGAGCAAAAGUAGAUCUCGCGAAGGCAGAGGUAGAGCGUCAAAACUGGAGAAGGGCGCAGAAGUCUGCUAUUUAUUCCCGCAUCGGUGAAGCUGGCCGCAUUCGCCUGGAUGGUCAUCGGAUAGAGCUCGAGAAAAUUUGCGUCGGUCACUCAGAUAAACUAUCACAGGCAAUCAGGGAACUAGCGGAGAUUGGAGACAAGUUGAAAUCUGGCAUAGAUUAUGACCGACGCUACGAUGUUGGAGACGAGGUGACAGGCUACUUAAAUGAAGUCGGGGCUUGGUUGUCAGACAUCCGCCCGCUGCUCAUCGCCAACACUCGCCAACACCCCCCGACGAACCAACCCACUCCUCAUGAAGAUGAACCACCUGAAGUAACACCCGUUAUUCCAAACGGCCUGGAUACAGUGCGAUCUCGUUUGGACAAACAGGAGGAGCGACUCGAGGAAUUGCGAACAACGCUGACGCUUGAGUCUUCGAUGCGUCCUAUGGCUACUAUCAAUGACAGAAUCGACAAGAAGAUGAAAAUUCUGCGCGAUGCUCGAGCGGAGGCCAGGGCCCAACAAGCUAAGCUGCCUCCACCAAAGGUUGACUUACCACCCGAAGCGACUGGCGCUAUAGAAGAUGUUUCUCGUAAAGCGACGGAGCUGAGCGCAGCUUUGGAUGCGCCUAUCCAUGACAUCGCACAGCUACUCGUUCGUCAGGACGAGAUUCAGAAAACGCAGGAUUCUCACACAACUGAGAACGAAGAACUUAAAGAGUCGAUAGCCAAGCUCAAAGAGACGUCCGCUGCCAAUCGGAAACUGAUUCAAGAACAAACCGAAGCCAUUCAGCGUCUCGAGGCUUCCUUUGAGGCGGUUUCUAAAUCGCGACGCACUCCACCCCCUGCCGAACCACCAAUUAAAGUCAUGUAUGACGACCUUCGUGGAGCAGUUGAUGUUGUGGUGCAGGGUAUUAUAUCGCGCGAUGUCAUUCCUAAGAUGAAGAAGUUGACCGACCACUGCCGGACAGAAAACCAGCGCAUUCAUGGAGAGCUGUUUGAGGUAAUCUGGGAUGCAAUCGAGCCCGGCUUGAAGAUCAGUGAAGCCGUCAACCGCUGGGUGGCGGGUUUAGAACUUCCUGCAUCUUAACGCGUGCAUAUCCAUCCAUCUAUCCAUUAUCCACUUGGUUGUAGACACCAUCUUACCUGUUCAGCCUACACUACUCGGUUACUUCCUAUAAUAGUAAAUUUCUGUACAUGAUGUCGGUGUGUCGGUCAAAUUUGACUCCGUUCUGGAUGCUUCA